UCCCCCACAAUCCAUCAACUAGUAAACAAAAACAUAUAUAUAGAGAGAGAGAGAAGCACAAGUCAAAAAGAGAAACCAGAGAGAUGAGUGUGAUUGAAAUCCUAACGAGAGUCGACGCGAUCUGUGAGAAAUACGACAAGUAUGACUUCGACAAGCAGAAACAUCUCAACCUCUCCGCCGCCGACGAUGCCUUCGCCCGCCUCUACUCCGCCGUCGCCUCCGACAUCGACGCCGCUCUUCAGAAAGCGGAGGCGGCAUCGAGCGAGAAAAGUAGGGCCUCUGCGGUUGCUGUCAAUGCCGAGAUUCGACGCACCAAAACUCGAUUGCUUGAGGAAGUCCCUAAAUUGGAGAGAUUAGCUAUAAAAAAGGUUAAGGGGCUUUUGACAGAAGAACUUGCUGCCCGUAAUGAUUUGGUCCUUGCUCUGCCAGAUAGGAUUCAAGCCAUACCAGAUGGGACUGCAGCUGCUCCCAAACAAUCUGGAGGUUGGACAGGUUCAGCUUCCCACACAGAAAUCAAGUUUGAUUCAGAUGGACUGUUCAACAGUGAAUACUUCCAGCAAACAGAAGAGUCCAGCCAAUUCAGGCAAGAAUAUGAAAUGCGGAAAAUGAAGCAGGCAGGAUUGGAAGCGAUAUCCAAAGGUUUGGAUACAUUGAAAAACAUGGCCCAUGAUUUGAAUGAGGAAAUGGAUUGGCAAGUUCCUUUAAUGGAUGACAUUGACGCUAAGGUCGACAAGGCAGCAUCUGACCUUAAGAACACCAAUGUGAGACUAAAGGAUACUGUUAACCAGUUUAGUAUUUUAAGCAGUCAUUCUGAUGGUGGUUGUACCUAUAGUGUAUUGAAGAAUUAAGAUGAUUGAUAGGCUACUGUUUCUGCUCGUGAUAUUGGCUUUGUCUGGUAUUGUUUUGCGUUGAUUGAGGCCUUGUUAUGUGCUUAUUUUGGAGAUGAUUUGUUUUCCUGGUGUUGACUACUGUUUCUGUACCUUUGUCUUUCAAAUACAACUUUUGGUACAUCAGACAUUUCUAUAUUAAUAAUGUAUAUUUGUUCCAGCUUU